CGUCAUCUCCUGCAUGGGUAACUAGGGGCCACAAGGAACCAAAUUGGGUAAGUUCCCAAAGGCUGAUUCAUACCAACCGUUUCAGAACAGACGGGUUGAUGAAGUCAUCAAAAUACCUUUAAACCCCUAUACCUUUUUAACCGUUCCUCAAAAGUACAUGACUCUAAACGUUUUCUUAACAAGCGUUUCAAGCUCUACACAUUGAAAGCAACAUUUUGUUUUUGUAUGGACGGGUCAUUGCUUACGUCACCAAAAUUCAAAUCAUCCUCUGUCUAAGUGAAUCUUUUCACGGUCCUAUCGACUAGUAAAAACAAAUAAGAUAGUGGUCAGGCUUGUGCAAGAUAGACAGUUGUAGGAUAGAAUUAGGUAAGAGAAACGUAUAAAAAUGAGUAAGAAAAUAUAGAAAACAGUUUAGAGAAUAAGCUUUGUGGUAGAUAGCUAGCUAAUGUUAAAUAGCUGAAUUAAAGUUAGAAAUAUAUUUUAAACAAAACGCUUUAGCUCAAAAAACAUCAGAAAACAUUUUAUCCUUAAACCUAAAUCACCACAACGUAAUAAAAUCGUCGCUCAUUUAUUCUUCGCUAUGUUUAAUAAUGUACCUGGCUUAGAACGACCUGCCCGUGAACUCGCGCAAUUGAGGGCGGAAAUUCUAUUAUUGAACUGCUCUCAAACCCUUAAAAUAUAGAACAUAUGCCCAAUGACCAGUUGGAGACAAAGAGACAAGCUAUUCUUAUAUAAAAAACGGAAACUGUGUAUGUGUGUGGUUUUCAGUCUGUAACAGGCUAAGCGGAUGAACUAAUUCUUCUUUAAACUUGCCGAAUGUCGCGCUUUUAAUAACAUUCAAAUAAGGUUUCUCUUUCAUUUUUGUACUACCUCAGUGGAUUUUUCCACGGGCCUUAUCGACUAGUCUCUAUAAUAAUACGCUAGGUGUGUCCGUCUGUCUAUAACAGGCAAAGUGGAUGUAUUUAUUUUCCUGUGAUGUAGCCAACAUUUCCUUUGAAGUCUCCGAAAAGGUUAUAUCCAUUUUGCUAGCGGGUUUUUUCGUCUGGAAAAAAAGUGCGAAAAGGUAAUUUAGAGAAAGAAAGGUCCAAGAAGUGAAGUAAGAAGUGGUAGCUAGAGCUAGAAGUAAAGUAGUAAAGUUAGAAAUAGAAAAUAAAGGCUAGAGUUUGGAGUGGACUUAAAAUCAAUAAUAGUAAGAACUUUGAUGUUUUCAGACGUUUAGUUUUAUAUCACUAGAGCAAGCAGACUCGCAUUUCCAAGAAAUGCCUCAAAUUCUUGAAGUUUUAUAUUUUACUGCUUUUUUAAAGAAAACCUAGCCACCAUAUUUGUUUAUGUUUUUGUUGCAUAAUUAAUGUCUCCCCUGGCGCGUAACUAAUGUGUUUGUCCUAAAAUUCAAAAUGCUACAUAAUAUAGCUGUUAGCUGACUAACAAACGGAAAACUUUGGUUUGUGGAACUUACUGCUCACUGUAAUGUUAUUAUUUUUACAUUACUGUUGUUUCUCUUUAUAUGUGUCUUACUAAGAAUAAAUAACUAGCUUAAGUUUUAGCUAAGUGUUCCCAGUUUAAGUAUAUUUAACUGACUGUCUUAGCUACUGUUAGCUGGCUAAUGUUUAGCCUCCAUCCCCAUAUCUAGCUCUCGCCUAUGACUUAUGUUGUUAUUCGUCUUUUUUAAUUAUCUAUAUCUUCCAAACUUUUCUUCUUUUAUAAGCACAAAUUAUGAUAUAAGAUAGCUAUAGCUAGCUACCUACAAAAUCUUUCAAAGACUUGCACUUUUACAGGAUAGUAAAAUGUGUUUUUAUGCCCGUAAGAGUAUAAUUAUUUUCACAUUUUCACAGGCGACCAUGUGCAAUAUGACAAAUGGAAUAAUUUUUUUCAAAAUUUAAAGUGUGUGUUAGGUUAUAUUUUAUUGUUUUCUUUCUGACAUUCUGUUAAACUUUUGUCAGCUUGUCAGCCUCCAUGUAUAUACAUGGAGGCUAUAAUGCCAGCUUUUUUACAGGGGGUGUAGAUAUUUGAUUGGAAAUUUACGUGGGUUUAUGACCUUAUUUUAAUUUAUGAGAGUUUGGAAUGGACGGGUUAGUGACGUCAUCAACAAACUUUUAAACCCUAAUACCUCUGCAACCGUUUGUCAAAAGUACAUGAGCCUAUACAUUUUCUUGAUCAGCUUUUCGAGAUCUAUACGAUGAAGGCAACAGGUACACAAAUUUCCUAAAAAAAUUUUGGGGUUUCCCAUUGCUGACGUCAGCAAAAUUUUCAAAACCUUAUAUCCUUGGGAGUUUGUCGAAAACACAUGAUCCUAUACAUUAUUUUGAUCAGCGUUUUAACCUCUACGCAUUACAGGCAACGAAUAAACUAAACUUUGCCAAUUUUUUUUCAUAUCUGCAGUUCUGACAUAAGCAAAAAAUUUAAAACGACCUAUUUUUUCAUUGUCCUUGUGCCUAAGUGGAUUUUUCCACUGGCUUUAUUGACUAGUCUAUAAUAUAAUACCAGUAUGCGUCUGUCUGUCACACAAAAUAGUACCGCAAGUAGCGAGAUGCACGCAAUGCGAUAUGAGAAAUACCGGCGAACCCGUGGAUUUUUCCACUGGCUACCGACUAUAUAAACAACUUACAUAAACAGAAAUUCCCGUUGAAGAGUAAGAAGAUUUAACAUGCCCACAAUUAUUCGAAAAAAUAUGGCUAAAUCUCCUAACGCCCAUUAUGAGCUAUGCUGUGUUAAAUUCGGCUCAGAACAGAUUAUAAAACUAAAAUUUAGCUGUGCCGGAACAGAUUAAAUCGGCUGCGCAAAACCAAACGCCGAGUAACGCCUAGCUGACAAAUUAGGCGUAGCUGCCUGAAGACAAUUACCAUCUUUGACUCAGCACUUCAGAUCAGCACGUCACAGCUGCCAUAAUGCUCGCGUCUGCAAAACUAUUUUAUCAGGAUCAUGAGGUAAUUAACAUGGAUGAAUUUCUUUUUAAAAUCCUUGUAUGUUAAUCAUAAUGCGUGUAAAAAGCAAUCUAACAGAAUCUGCAAAACGACGCGUAAUCUUUGUUUGAAGAGAGGCAGCCCUUUAAAUGGAAAUUAGGAUCAUCUCAGAAGAAAUCAUAAAACUUCCGGGUACAGCUGAAAUAGACAACGAAACUCCAUUAACUAUCUCUGACCUUUGUCAAGCCAGAAUGUAUGUAAAAACUUGUUAUUUUUACAAAAACAGUACUGCUACUCCAUUCUCUGUCGAUAGGAUGAUAACAGGAUUAAAGAAAACACUGAAAGAAUAUCCCGAGAUAUGUGGUAGCAUCGAAUACACAACAACAGGUGGAAUUCUACAUCAUGACAACCAUGGUGUAAAAAUUAUCAAAUCAAAAGCUAACUUUUCCUUUGCAGAAGUCGAAAACGUCAACUUCGAAGUGAAAAAAUUACCAGAAAAAGAAAUUUUUCCUUUUGAAGUUCGAGAAUUUCCUUUAAAUAAUGAUGCAUAUCUUCUCGUUGCGCAGAUCAUUUUACUGAAUGAUGAAUCAUUGAUUCUAGUGGUCAAUUAUCAUCAUUUAUUGUGUGACAGUCAAGGUAUAUGUAAUUUUCUAAGCGCCUGGGCGCAUGCUACAACGCAUGGUGAUAUUGGAGUAUUUAGUAAUAUCACAAAUCGCUAUCUCUUGCAACAAAAUGUGCAUUAUGAACGUAAAAAUCAGUACAAACACUUGUUCUUGAGCAGUAUAUCUUCUCAUUUCGUGACAACAGCAAAAACAACAAAGUUAAGACUAUAUGUGCCAUUUUCAAAACUGAAUUCCUUACAAAUGAAAUUUUCAAAAAUAUUGGGGGAUAGUGUUUAUAUAUCUAAGAACGAUGUUCUAACUGGAAUUAUAUGGAAAGCCACAGUUGCUGCAAGGAUGCAUAAAAAAUGUGAAAGUUCCAUGGCUGCAAUUGUUGUGAACUGCAGGAAAACAUUUGGUCUUCCUAAUAAUUACUUUCGAAAUGGUAUUAGCUAUCUGUGUAUGCGUUUGUCAACGGCAGAAAUUUUAGAUAUGCCUAUUGAAGAAGUGUGUUUACGCUUACGCCAAAAUUAUGACGUUAUGUCGAAAAGUUAUAUCUUGGAAUUCCUGCAUAGUUUGUUUAAUCAAAUAUCACUUCCAAUUUUUCCUGGCAUAGUUCACAAUGAUAUCCUUCUUUCAUCGCUGGCACACUAUUCCUUGUAUGAUUUUGAUUUUGGAUUAGGAAAAGCUACUGCCGUUGGUAUAGUUAGUAGCGACACUCCAGGUUUUGUUGCGAUUCUUCCAACUCCACAUAAAGAUGGUUUGUUUGUCGAGUUUUGCCUUGAAACAGAAGAAAUGUCGAAUUUUCUGAAAAAUGAUUAUGUAAAAGAGACAUUUACUAUUGUUUAUUAACUUCAAUGAUGCUUAUAAUCAUUAGC